GUUGGCUGUUGGCUGUUGGCGUGGUGCCAAAAUAGGUCUUUCGGAUACUACAGAGAAAGCGAGAAGGAACGCUUCGCUUGAUUUAUACAGAGUUCACCGCCAACUGCAAUUCGACCUCACUUCAAGCAACGCAUUUAGGCAACAAUAGCCAGAUAGCGCCAGCGCCAUGAGGGACUGUAUCACGAUCGAUAGGAUCGAGGAGGAGCGAGCUCGAUGGGUCGAUACGCUCGACGAGGCCGAGAUCUGUCGUCUUGCGUCGUCCUUCCACAACGGGUACCCGUGCACCGUGUUCCGGCCACGCCAGCGCGGCGCUUUCAAUGUCUGUGUCUUCGUCGAGUUCGAGCCGACGGGGGCACGAUGGGUUGUCCUGAUGCCCAUUCCUGCCAUGCACCCAAAAGUCGUGCUGGACGAAAAGACCGAGAUUGAACUGGAAACCAUGCGAUAUGUGUCGGCCAAAACGACCAUCCCUAUCCCAAAGGUGUACGCCUACGCAUUUUCUGACACGGGGCUGAACGGGCUGCCUUUCAUCAUCAUGGACUAUCUCGACGGCCGGAGCUUGAAAGACCACGGCUUCGGAACGAGCGACACCUGGGGCCGCCUCAUCGUGGGCGGUCGUCAGACUCAUGCUGCGAAGCGCCUUCACCAGCAGCUAGCCGACAUCUAUCUCCAGCUUCGGCAACUAGAGUUUCCCUGGAUCGGAGCCUUGGGAUUACCCUCCCGUGACGUCUCAGCUUUGUCUUGCAACCCAGAAGAGAUCACUGUCUGCAACCGGCCGCUCUCGGUCGACAUGGCCGAUCAAGAGCUCGAUGGUCUAGAGCCCGGCUCGGUCUUCCCACCGAGGAGAACCUUCUCCACGGCCAGGGAGUACGUUGACGGCUUGCUGUGGUUGGUGGACAACAAGCUCGACAAGGAGACAGACCAGAACAUGGCCGAGGACGAGCCGGCGUCCAUUCUGUAUGCCGCUCACCAUUUCAAGCAAUUUAUUCAGGACGAAUGGCUGGAUGCCGCGGCUGACGAAGGCCCAUUCGUCCUUGUGCACGGAGAUAUGGAGAUGGCCAUCAGCAAUCUCUUAUUCGACCAAGACUACAAUCUUGUCGGCGUCGUGGACUGGGAGUGGAGCCGCGUCGUCCCAGCCCAGCUCAUGAUACCUCCCAUCUGGCUCCUAGGCUCAAAUCUGGAGUUAGCGUUGAUCGCGCAAGACAGCUACAACAUACAAGUCCGCUACCUGCGCGCAGCUGUCCAGGAACGCGAGAAGGUACUUGGCCUCCCGCCGCGAUUGUCCGCCGAAUGGGCGCCGUUGGAGACAUGGUGUCACACGGCAGUUGUCAUGGGGCUCAAUUGCCCCGAGCAGGCCUUCCUCGUGUACUGGAACGUGGUCUUCCUAAAGGUUGUCCCCAGGUCUUGCGAUGCCACGGAGGAAGAAAACAGACAAAGAGAUGAAAACGAAGUUUUCCCACGCAUCAGGGCUUUUUUUGAGGCUUCUAAGGCACGCCAAGCGUUCCUGGAGAGGAAGGUCCGGGAACAGCUGGAGUUCUUUGAUGUUGAGAAGGAGCACUACGGCUACAAGGUGCGACAGCAAAUCAUCAGGCGUCUUUGUUGACUUCUCUCACCUAAGUUUACUUUUGGCUGUGCGGGCUACGCACUCCGGUACGGUAGCAUUGGAACGAUACUAGUACUAAAUGCGAUAGCCUAAGUCGGU